AUGACAUACAACAAAGCAUCCAAGCAGCUUCUCAAUAAGAAUUUCACUGGAUGCUUGGACACCGUCGCUGCUUGCUAUCCAGGAGCCAACAGCACGGGAUUAUUAAACAAGCUGCUAUCACUAGAGCUCACUUGUUGGCUUACGCUCUACUUGAAUAAUGAUAAAAAGUCAGAUUACACUCAGCUUGGAUACACCACUUCUCAAUUUGUCGAUUUUCUCAUCCGUCUUUCUCAUUCCCGUAUAGACGGUCAAUUACCGGGUGGCUCGCAGUCGGCGCUUCUGCUCGCUAUAAUCAGGCUGGAUCAAUUGGAAAAAGCCAAGCUGGAAGCUGAGGAAUGGCUUUACAGUGCUAGCAACGCAGAUCAGGAUUAUAUCAAAGUCAGGGACGUAUAUGCGUUCAUCAUACUGCCAGAAUUUGGCGAGUGGGAAGUGAGUCGAGACUUCUUGCUUUCCUCCUCGAGUGGUGGACCAGAAAAUGAGGUAUUGCUGCAACGGCUCGCAGACUUACAAGAAGCAACGAGCAAGGAGAAAAGCACAAGCACACCAGAAAGCUCUACAGUCACUGAGCCGUCAACACCAAGUCUAUCCAGAUCUUCUUCCAACGGAUCAUCGUAUACAGCAACACCUGCCAGAUUGAAGACGAGAGGGAAGCCCGAUAGUGCUACAGUGGCAUCAAGGUCACCUGCAGCAAACCCUACAACUUCUGCAACUCUACCUCAGCAUCUUGAAAUACGCUCGCAAAUGACUGAGCAUGCCAAGACACCACCAAUCGAACCAAUGGCUCGAAACAGUCCGAAGCAGCUUACUACCACAGCAAAGCUCAUGAUGCUAUUAAACCCUUUGAAAGAAAUUCUGCCUAGAGUGUUACCACCUUUGUUAAUCUUUAUCUUGGCAGUCUUAUUUGCUAACAGACGGCGAGAUAAUGCUAAUGCAGCUCGUUCAAUCAGAGAAAGACUAGCUAGGAGUGAUAGUUUGUGGAAAAAGUUGCUACAGACUCUUCAAAUGGGCACGCGUGGGAUGCUACCAUAA